UGUAGUUCGACGUUGCUCAUAGGCACGGUUAGCGGAAGUUGUCUGUGAGCGCGAGUUUAAGCGGGACUCUGAAGUGUGGGUUUCUGGCAGGGUCUUGGAAAAGGUGCAUUAUUAAGCUGUCUCGGGGAGGGGUGACUUGUGGAUUCUCCUCUCGGUUCCCCAACAUGCACGGGCACCCGUAGAGUUGCUGCCGGCGCAGGGCCUAGGGAAUGAUUUUCCCAGUUACCCUUUUAGCGUUCCAGUGGCAGCGACGGCUUGGAGGCCGUGCCUUGUCCCGUGCUGCCAUGGAAGUGGCCUUCCGAGGAGUGCGAAAAGUUCUGUGCGUGGCGGAGAAAAACGACGCCGCCAAGGGGAUCGCGGAUUUGCUGUCCAAUGGUCGUAUGAGGCGGAAAGAAGGCCUUUCUAAAUUCAACAAGAUUUAUGAAUUUGACUAUCACUUGUAUGGCCAGAAUGUUACUAUGAUAAUGACUUCAGUCUCGGGACAUUUGCUGGCUCAUGAUUUCCAGAUGAAGUUUCGGAAAUGGCAGAGCUGCAAUCCCCUAGUCCUCUUUGAAGCAGAAAUUGAAAAGUACUGCCCAGAAAAUUUUAUAGACAUCAAGAAGACUCUGGAACGAGAGAUUCAGCGUUGUCAGGCUCUGGUGAUCUGGACGGACUGUGACAGAGAAGGGGAAAACAUCGGGUUUGAGAUCAUCCACGUGUGCAAGGCUGUAAAGCCCAGUCUACAGGUGUUGAGAGCCCGUUUCUCUGAGAUCACGCCCCAUGCUGUGAGGGCAGCCUGUGAAAACCUAACUGAGCCCGACCAGAGAGUAAGUGACGCCGUGGAUGUGAGACAAGAGCUGGAUCUGAGGAUCGGAGCUGCCUUCACGAGGUUCCAGACCCUGCGGCUCCAGCGGAUUUUCCCUGAGGUGUUGGCAGAGCAGCUCAUCAGCUAUGGCAGUUGCCAGUUUCCAACACUGGGGUUUGUGGUGGAGAGGUUCAAGGCCAUUCAGGCUUUUGUGCCAGAAGUCUUCCACAGAAUUAAAGUAACUCAUAACCACAAAGAUGGGACCGUAGAGUUCAACUGGAAAAGAUACCGUCUCUUUAACCACACAGCUUGUCUUGUCCUUUAUCAGCUGUGUAUGGAGGAUCCCAUGGCAACUGUGGUAGAGGUCAGGUCUAAGCCAAAGAGCAAGUGGAGGCCUCAAGCUUUGGACACUGUGGAGCUAGAGAAGCUGGCUUCUCGGAAAUUGAGAAUAAAUGCUAAAGAAACCAUGAGGAUUGCGGAAAAGCUCUAUACACAAGGGUACAUCAGCUACCCCCGAACAGAAACAAACAUCUUCCCCAAAGACUUAAACCUGGGUGCAUUGGUGGAACAGCAGACCCAGGAUCCACACUGGGGGGCUUUUGCUCAGAACAUUCUAGAGCGAGGUGGCCCUACUCCGCGAAAUGGGAACAAAUCUGAUCAAGCUCACCCUCCCAUUCACCCCACCAAAUACACCAGCAGCCUGCAGGGAGAUGAUCGACGACUGUACGAGUUCAUCGUUCGCCAUUUCCUGGCUUGCUGCUCUCAGGAUGCUCAGGGGCAGGAGACUACCGUGGAGAUUGACAUUGCGCAGGAACGCUUUGUAGCCCAUGGCCUCGUAAUUCUAGCGCGUAACUACCUGGAUGUGUAUCCAUAUGACCACUGGAGUGACAAGCUCCUCCCUGUCUAUGAGCAAGGCUUCUGCUUUCAGCCCAGCACUGUGGAAAUGGUGGAUGGGGAGACCAGCCCACCCCAACUGCUCACCGAGGCUGACCUCAUCGCCCUCAUGGAGAAGCAUGGUAUCGGUACUGAUGCAACUCACGCAGAGCACAUCGAGACCAUCAAAGCCCGGAUGUAUGUGGGACUCACCUCAGACAAGCGGUUUCUCCCUGGGCAUCUGGGCAUGGGACUUGUGGAAGGUUACGAUUCCAUGGGUUAUGAAAUGUCCAAGCCUGACCUCCGUGCCGAGCUGGAAGCUGAUCUCAAGCUCAUCUGUGAGGGCAAGAAGGAUAAGUUUCAGGUUCUAAGGCAGCAAGUGCAGAAAUACAAGCAGGUUUUCAUUGAAGCAGUAGCAAAGGCAAAGAAAUUGGAUGAGGCCUUGUCUCAGUACUUAGGAGAAAGGACAGAGGUGGCCCAGCAAGAAGAGAUGUAUCCAGCCAUGCCAGAGCCUGUUCGGAAAUGCCCACAGUGCAACAAGGAUAUGGUCCUCAAGACCAAGAAGAGUGGUGGGUUCUACCUUAGCUGCACCGGGUUUCCAGAAUGUCGGUCGGCUGUGUGGUUCCCUGACUCCGUGCUGGAGGCCAGCAGGGACAACAGUGUGUGUUCCGUUUGUCAGCCAGCCCCUGUGUACAGGUUGAAGCUGAAGUUUAAGCGUGGUAGCCUUCCCCCAACAAUGCCCCUGGAGUUUGUUGGCUGCAUAGGUGGAUGUGAUGAGACUUUGAAAGAAAUCUUCAGCCUGCGAUUUUCACGGGCCCCUCCAAGAGCUAGCCAGCCCUCUGGCCACCUGCAGGCCAGCCAGGCCCUCAACAGGAUGGACAGCAGUCAGCAUAGCCUGUCUCAACCUCUGGCUAACAGGCAUACUGGAUCUUCCAAGGCAGUGGCCCAGGCCUUACUGCCAUUCAGUGCUGCUGGGGAGAGCAACUCUGUGACCUGCAACUGUGGCCAGGAAGCAGUGCUGCUCACUGUCCGCAAGCAGGGCCCCAACCAGGGCCGGCUCUUCUAUAAGUGUAGUGCGGGGGCUUGCAACUUCUUCCUGUGGGCUGAUAGCAGCCAUCCCACUGGAGGAGGAGGGCCCCCCACCUCUGCAUCAAGACCCUCAGGCAACUCCGUCAGAUGCCCAUCAGGCUUUGGCAGCCACAUGGAUGGGUUUGGCAACCUUGGCAGUGACCAUGAUGGAAGUACGACCUGCCUGUGCGGGCAGCCUGCUGUCACACGGACUGUACAGAAGGAUGGACCCAAUAAAGGACGCCAGUUCCACACCUGUGCCAAGCCACGGGAGCAGCAGUGUGGCUUCUUCCAAUGGGUGGAUGAGAACAUGGCCCCAGGGAGUCUUGCAGCUCCACAGUGGCCAGGAGGCAGAGGGAAAUUCCAGAGACCAGAAGCUACAAACAAAAGACUGAAAGCUGGUACCUCAGAUGCAGGGGAUACAGCAAAAAAGCCUCGGAAAUGUAGCCUUUGCCACCAGCCUGGACAUACCCGGCCCUUUUGUCCUCAGAACAGAUGAGGGCAGACAAGGUGGAAGAGUUGCCUUGACCAGGAAAUGAACUAACUGGGCCCAGGUAGGCAUCCUGGUCCUGGAAACCUAGGGAGCUGCUGGAGUGGGCCUGCCUUUGUUGAGGAGUACAAGGAUCGGUCACCUCUGGAGAAUCUGGCUGGUUCCACUGGCUGUUGCUCUGUCUGUGGCUCCGGGGUGACUAGCUGCUGCACCACUGAAAAGUGAGACGAUGUCAGUCAGCAUGUAGGCAGGGACUGACCUUGGGUGACCACGCAGGCCCUGACUGUGGCUGCUGUCUGCCAACUGAGAAAGACGCAGGUAGUGCUUCCAGCCAACACGGGCCCUAGGCAGCUGUCUGAGAAGUGGCUGUCUUGUGUAUCCACAGGCAUCCACUCCCACUCCAUCUACAACACCCAGAGCUCAUGUGCCUCAAUAAAAAAUUCAUCCACUUUU